UGAGGUUCCCGCCGCGCACUCCGUCAGGCCGGCGUCCUAGCGGGCCCACGGGUCCUGCGCGGCCGCCUGCGGUUGCUAAGGACCCCGCGUUCCUGAGCGCGGCGGCGCCCCCGCCUCUCCCGGGGCUGGGUCGGGUCUGGUCGGGCCGGGCCCGGAGCCGCCUUUGCGGAGCUGGCUGGAAACCGACCGCCUCCCUCUUCCCCCGAUAUUAACUGCUGCUUUUCGCCAUUGUCCUCUGCGCGUCUCGCUGGUUUUCUAACUUUGACAACUCGCUGGUCCCGAAAGUGGGUCUUGGAUGUUUGGGGGCGGGGCACGGAGGGAUGUCGGAAACAUCGCGAGUUUUAGGCUUCCUCUGCGGCGGGACUGAUUGGGACGAGUGAGUGUCGCGCUCUCUCUGUCCCUUGGAAUUUGAGAGAGCUUUAAACGUGCAGCACAGCUUCUCCGGUGAGGGGCCUGUUCAACUUUUGGAACUUCGCAGUCACUGGAUUAGAGAGGAGGGCAGAAGAUACAGAAGUUUUGAAAUCAACUGCAGAAGUAACACGGGAGCAAUGCAGAAGCCAGGGUGUCCUUCAAGUGUACAGUUGAGAAGCAGAGUAACAGGUAACUGUGAUCAAAGGACAUCUGCAGGUGCACAAAUAAAACAGAGGACUGCAGUGCAGCGAAGCACAUCCACAUCAUUAACCAAUUCUCCAGAGUCUGUAACAAAACUUCAUCCUCGACCAAGUGAUAAGCUGAACCCUAAGACAAUUAACCCUUUUGGUGAACAGUCACGAGUCCCUUCUGCAUUUGCUGCUAUUUAUUCUAAAGGAGGUAUUCCUUGCAGAUUGGUGCAUGGUUCAGUGAAGCACAGAUUACAGUGGGACUGUCCUCCUGAAAAUCUUCCAUUUGAUCCUCUUCUUAUUACUUUAGCUGAGGGUCUGAGAGAGACUAAACAUCCGUAUACCUUUGUGUCCAAGGAGGGUUUUAGAGAAUUACUCUUGGUGAAAGGUGCUCCUGAGAAAGCCGUACCUUUGCUUCCUAGACUGAUUCCUGUGCUAAGGGCAGCUCUGGUUCAUUCAGAUGAUGAAGUGUUUGAAAGAGGAUUGAGUGCUUUGGUACAGCUGAGUGUCGUCGUUGGUCCUUCUCUGAAUGAUCAUCUGAAGCAUCUGCUUACAAGUCUGUCCAAGAGGCUGAUGGACAAGAAAUUCAAGGAGCCAAUCACCAGUGCAUUGCAGAAGCUGGAGCAGCACGGUGGAAGUGGAAGCCUUAUAAUCAUCAAAUCCAAGAUCCCAACAUACUGCUCUGUUUGCUGUUGAAUAAGGGAGCCAAAAAAGUCAUCUUCCUGCUGAUAGGUGUCAGAUACUGACCACGGGUACUUAUCUGACCUUUAUUCAGUUCAGUUUAUUUAUUUUUGGAAAUCACGGCCACCAUUUGUUACUUGAAUUUACAGGUUAAGAUGAAUAUGUGUAGUUCUGCUGAAUUAGGGUAAAAUUUAUUCAUCACCAAAAAAGAAUGGGUAAUAAUGAGAAACUAUUAAAAGAACUUCUAUGAUUAUUUUUGUUGAGAACCAUUAUUGCGUUUACAAGAUCAGAUGUGUUUGUAUUUUUUUCGAGUGCCUUUUUAUUUAUGAAAUUUGUUUUGUCAUCUUAUAUCCGUGCACUUAUUUUUGUAGAUUUCUGGGGGGAGUCAUUUCUUGGGUUUUGUAUUUAUCAAGAUUGUAGAGUAAACAGUGGAAAAACUUGUAAAUUCACUAAAAUUAUUUGUAAAUAUGUAUUUUAUAAUGUAGCAUGUGUGGCAAAGUUUAUUUCCAGAUUAUUUGUUUUAAGAAUAUUUUCAGUACGUAAAUUCUAUUACAAGUAUGUUUAUUACAACUUACUAAAACUACCAAAGUUUUAGGUAUUAAUUAUAUUUAAGUAAAUAUUAUUUUUGCAUUUUGUAGACUGAAUUUACUGAUGAAUAUAUAUAGAUACUCAGAAAUUAAAAUCUUAAAACUCUUACAUGUA